AUGAGAAAUAUGUUUUUGAGAUUAAUCAUAUUGAAUGUAUUAGUAACGAUAUUCAUCGAUGCAAUCAACUAUUCAGAUACGCAUGAUUAUGAUGCAUAUGGAAUACGUGUGAUUAGCACUGAACAUUUUGUUGCACUUGCACAAAAUGAUGCUCUUCAGUACCAAGUUUCGAUGGCUCCGUUUGGACCAGAAUAUGUUUGUAAUUACAAUUAUAACAGUUCUAAUGAGUUUAUUAUCAAUCUAGCAGUUGGUCGGCGACAAAAUGCUUCACAGUUAUCAUUCGUUUAUUUGAAAACCAAAUCAACUGAUGGUUAUCAUCAAACCUUAGGUGUAUUCACAUUUUCACGUGUUAAUCAAUCGUCGAAUGAUACUUGUGAUCCGACGAUUAAAAUUAGUGAAGGUAGUUCUGAUGUUAAAGUAUGGAAUCGUGAACCGUCAGAAAUGUCAACAUUGCAAGUUGAUCUCGAUGGCAACUAUGCAUAUGGUUUUCUCUCCAAAAGAAUAUUUAUUUAUGAUAUCAAGAAUCGUUCUGUUCAAGAUUUAGAAUGGAAAAAUCUUUUUCCAUCGUUGAAUAUCGAACCCCAUGCAUUGGAUAUUGGUGAAACAUCUGAUGGGUUUUCAAUUGCAAUUGUUGCCGGUUAUUAUGAAGUUGACGUUCAAAAGACCUUAUCAGCGCUUUAUCUUCUACGCUUGGAUCCUCCUUAUAAUAUGACGCUAAUGGAUAAUUACACAUUUUCUUCUGAUAAUCAAAAAUAUUUUCGUAGUCGUUACACUUCGACUUAUCAAUACAAUUAUGUUAUGUCAGUUUCAAUUCACGAUCCCACUCAACAAGUUCUUGUAGCUAUACCACAAUUAAGUCAAACUUAUUUGUUCGCAUUCAAUAGCACAGCAUUGAUGUUAAUCAAUACAUUUAAUCAUUCAGCACGAUCGACAGCAUGGCUUGAUGAAGACGGAAUACUAGCAGGAUUUUUACUGGGUAAUACACCUACAUUGCCAUGGGCACAAUCGCGGCUUGAAAUAGUAAAUUUAUCUGCAAGUGACGUUCUUUAUGUCUACCCGAACAAUCAACAGACGAUCGAACAAUGGUCAAUUACACCACCAACGUUUCUCCGAUUGAUAACAACGUACGAUUAUCAAAUAGGGAUACUUACCUCAGAUGGAACUGUAUUGUUGGUAUCUGCAGCUGAUGCAGGUUAUUAUGUAACAACAGAUGAUAUAAAUAAUUCACGGCCGAGCCAACAAAUGUGUCCUGAUGGAACUUAUAAAAGUACUCGUGGACUAGUACCAUGUACAAUAUGUCCCACAAUGACUCGAAGUUCUUCAGCACGUGGUCUAAUGAAUAAGAUGAAUUGUAUUGCUUGCUCGUCGGACUCGUUUUGUCCUCUGGCUUCAAUCAGUGAUCUCAAUACUUCAUUUAUUCAAUCGGCCAGUCAAGCGUAUGCAUAUCCAACGUCGUCUGCUAGCUCGUCUUUUGAUGAUAUUCUAAUGCAAAAUACUUUCACGUUGGACAAUUCAACUCGUCGAUGUCUUCUGAUUUCGCCGCUAUUUUGGUCUUUAAUUAUAUUGAUAGUUCCUUGCAUUGUUUUAAUCAUCAUGGGAGGUUUAAGCUAUUUACCAGCGAGAAAGAAGCAUAUUCGACGUCUUCAAUGUAUUUUUCGUCAUACAGAUUUGAUUGGAAAUGGUGAAUUGUGGUUCGGUGGACUAAUAUCAUUUUCAAUCAUUCUUCUGAUUAUCUACAAUUUUUGGUUUGGCUCAGUCUUUGCUAAUAUCUAUCCUAUUGAAGCAGGAAAGAUUGCUUACUUUUCAUGUGAUACUAGUUUGCUAAACGCCCAGUUCACUUCUAGUUUACAAUUAUUAGCGACGAUUAAAUCGAACGAAGAAGAACCUAUCUUUGAUAUGCUUGAUCAACAAGAAUUUACCAUGACAGUCAAUCUCUUCCAAACAAGUUUCACGUGUGACAACAUUGCUACUCAAGAAAAUGUUGGUACUUAUUCAGUUACAUUAGCACAUGAUAAUUGUUCUAGACAAGCAGAUAAUGCAACACUAACCGUUUCAUAUCGUGUUCCUUAUCAUCAGAUUGAUAUACAAAUAAAUCUAACAGGCUCACAUUACAUUGGUGGUGCUCUCAUUUGUCUUGCUGGUCCCCGAUUGACGAGUAAUGAUUCCACCUACAUCGUACAAGAAAUGAAUUACUGUAGCAUAUUUUCGACAUUUGAUCAAACUCUUGCCGAAACUACAAUUAUCGACUUUUCGUUAACGAAAGUCAUUAAUCGCACCGAAGUCUUAGAUUACAGUGGUUUAAUGAAUUACACUGGCAUAUGGAUUCCAACAUCAACACAUGGCGCACUUAGCGAUCGUGUUGCUUAUGCACAACGUGGCGCUUUUCUUCGAUAUUUAUCGACACAACAAACAUUGGUUGUCAGUUUUACCGAAACACCAUUCUUUGUCAUGAAUAAACAAGAGCCCGUGUCACGAUAUGGUGAAAUACUCUUUCAUAAUGUGCUUUUUACAACAACUGUUAUCGGCAUUUUCGCCUUAGUUUUCCUUAUUUUCAAAUUAACAUUGAUACCAAGAAGAGAAAAAAAUAUCGAAUUUUUCACAAUGUCUUCUAACCUUAAUAUUUCUAAAACAACAACGCUUCUUCUUAUCGACGUACAAAAAGCACUUCGUAAUGAAGAAUACUGGGGUGGCAAUCGCUGUACACCAAAUCUAGAAGAGAAUAUUACAAAACUGCUAACACGCUUUCGACAACUAUCCUUACCUGUCAUACACGUAAAACAUGAUUCGAUUAAUCCUUCUUCCCCGUUACAUCCAUCGAACGUUGGUAAUGAAAUAGAAGAUUAUGCUCAAGCACUUUCAACAAACAACGAACCUGUUCUUCAUAAAUCAGUCAAUUCUGCUUUCAUUGGAACAGAUCUGGACAAACGACUUCGACAACAAGGGACAUCAGUGUUGAUUAUCGUUGGUUUUACCACUAAUCACUGUUGUGAAACAACAGCACGAAUGGCUGGAAAUUUGGGUUUUAGUGUUCUUUUUGUUCGUGAUGCAAUAGCCACGUUCGAUCGGCACUUUCAAGGUAAAACAAUCAAAUCCGACGACGUGCAUUUCAAUACAUUAGCGAAUUUAAAUGAAGAAUUUGCAACAAUUGUGACUACUGAAGAAGUAAUUCAAACUAUUGAUAAACUUUAA